AUGAGCAAGGUCCACCCUCCCAAACUGAAGAAGUUAUCUUCAAAGUUAAAAGGUGGCAGACAAGAAAUAUUACAGGGCUUGGCGCCUGGCUUGGAUCCCUUUAUGAAUCUUGUGAAUGAUGAGUGUGUGGAGACUGCAACUAGUGGGCCACAGAAUAACAUCGGCAUGGUGCUCAUAGGCAGAAACAGCAUCAUCCUGUUAGAAUCCUUGGAAAGAGUCUGA